AUCACUUCUUUUUUUUGUGGAUAUUAAAAAGUUUCCAUGCCAAAUCAAAUGACCCUGCUUUACAUCUUUUCCCUUCUAGAAGUUCAAAAACAUGCUAUGAAAGAAGGCCUUUUUAUUAGCCCAGCAUCCUUUCUCUUUGCGUUGUAGCCGUUUCAGCUCGUGCCUUUUGUUCAUGCACAAUGAUCUCAACUGAGCUGAACGGAAAACCACUCUUCAUUUGCAUCUUUAUUUUCUGUCUUCUUUUGCUUGGUCAUCACUGUUCUUCCCAGAGGACUUGUCCAAGCUGUGGUUCCAUGGAGAUACCAUAUCCCUUAAGCACACACCCCAACUGCGGUGACCCAAGCUACUCUCUUCGUUGUGACUCCCAGUCUCAGAAACUUUUCUUUGACGCUUUGAAUGGAAGUUCUUACCUUGUUACCAGAAUCAUGGCUUCAUUCCACCGCAUGGUUGUUCAACCAUCACCAUGGCUGCCAGGCAAAUGUGUAACUCAAGACAUGCCAGUGAGUGAAGGCCUCUGGUUAAACCAAACACUCCCCUUUAACAUCACUUCCUCAAACACCAUCUUUCUCUUCAACUGUUCACCCCGCCUUUUGGUCUCUCCUCUUAACUGCACUCCUACAAGUCUUUGUCACCGUUAUUUGGAGAGCUCUGGACAUGUUGAAGCAAAACGAGCACUGCAGUGUGCAAGUGGGCUUGAUCCAUGCUGCACUUUCACUGCAGGUGGGAUGCCUUCAGCAUACAAAAUACGGCUUCACAGUUCAGGUUGUCAAGGUUUCAGAAGCAUCCUUCAUUUGGAUCCAGAAAAGCCUGCAAAUGAAUGGGAAGAGGGGUUGGAAAUUCAGUGGGCUCCUCCGCCUGAGCCUGUCUGUCAAAGCCAACCUGAUUGCUCUGGGGCUUCCAAGUGUUUACCUGCUGGUGCAAAAGGCCUCUCUCGCUGCCUUUGCAAUAAGGGCUACAACUGGGACCCCGUGCUUGGAACUUGCUUGAGAAAGAAGAGAAACAAUAGAGCUGGCGUCGGCUUAAAGGUCUCCGUAGGAGUAAUCUCCUUUUUCACACUAGCUCUGGCAACUGCUGCAAUUACUUACAGAAAGUCCUGGAGAAAUUCUAACCAGGCGAAGCUCAUGAAGGUAAGAGAAGACAUGUUGAGAUCAAGCAAUGGUGGCAAACCAGCAAAGAUGUUUCGCUUGAAAGAGGUGAAAAAAGCAACAAACGGUUUUUCUAGGGACAGGGUUCUAGGGAGCGGUGGAUUUGGGGAAGUCUACAAAGGUGAGCUUCCGGAUGGGACUGUUGUGGCAGUUAAGUCGGCUAAAGUUGGGAACAUCAAAAGCACCGAGCAGGUACUGAACGAAGUUGGGAUUCUUUCUCAAGUCAAUCACAAGAACUUGGUCAGACUCUUAGGUUGUUGCGUGGAAGCUGAACAGCCAUUGAUGAUCUACGAGUAUAUUUCAAACGGGACCCUAUAUGAUCAUUUACAUGGGAAGUAUUCCACUUUUCUGGACUGGAAAACAAGGCUGAAAAUCGCUUUACAAACGGCUGAAGCACUGGCCUAUCUACAUUCUGCAGCACACACCCCCAUUUACCAUAGGGAUGUCAAAUCAACCAAUAUACUUUUAGAUGAUGACUUCAAUGCAAAAGUUUCAGAUUUCGGGCUUUCCAGAUUGGCCAGCCCAGGCCUGAGCCAUGUCUCAACCUGUGCCCAGGGAACCCUUGGGUACUUGGAUCCUGAGUACUAUCGCAACUACCAGUUGACCGAUAAAAGUGAUGUUUACAGUUAUGGAGUGGUGCUGCUAGAGUUACUGACUUCUCAAAGGGCCAUUGACUUCUCAAGAGAUCAGGAUGAUGUCAAUCUAGCCAUUUAUGUUAGCCAACGUGCCAGUGAUGGUGCAAUCAUGGAAGUUAUGGAUCAGCGGCUACUUGGCAAGGAGCCCUCAGUCAAUAUGCUGAAGAGUGUCAAAAUGUUCUCAGAGCUUGCAUUUGUCUGUCUGGGAGAGAAGAAGGCAGAUAGACCUGGCAUGAAGGCUGUCGUCCAAAAUCUCCAGUGCAUAAUUCAAAUUAUAGAUCAGGAAAAUGUCGAUGAAGAGGUUAGCGUUGAGAUUAUGUAAACAAACCGUGUUGGUGUUUUCUGAGUUUAUGGCUUGAAAUAUGCUGUCAUGGAUGUCUAUAAUAUCUGAAUAGUCACCCAUAUUACAAAGGAAAAGACUGGUUUUAGGGGAAUGGAGUAUGCACAAAAUGAUGCUGAGAAGGACAUUGGUCUUGAAUAGUGCACACAAGCAAAAGUGGAUUCCAAGCAUGGAUUUGAGUGGAUGGAAAGACAUAAAAGAAAAGAUUGGGAUCAGAUUCUUGCUUUUGUGUAGAAAGUAUUUGGAUGAUCCGAAGGACUAGGGACUUUGACAUAUGGGCAACUGGGAAUCUGUUAGGAUUUAGUAAUUAAGAAUUUGUGUGUGGACAAAUAGCAGACAAGCUUUUCGAAUUGGGGAAAGCAUUUGCCUAUAAAGUUUCAAUGAAUGUUGUAGGCUUGUCAUACGAGGAAAGCACUACCUAAGAGUUCACUGCUUUUCCAAUAUCAUAUGUAAUAUGUGCUCUCUCUCUCUCAACGUACAUGGAAGUGUUUGAUGUAAAUCUAUGUCAAAAUGCAUAUCUAACGUAGC